AUGUGCAUGAACGGUGAGAGUGAGUGCCCUGAGAGGUAUAAGCGCUCCACAUCAGCGCUUCGUCAGGAGGGCCCUCUCACACUGUCCUCCUGGAAUGACACACACACCACAACCACCCUACCCAAUGGAGUUGAAAUAUUCAUUUAUGCAGAUGAUGUCUGCCUAGUCAGCACAGACAGACACAGAUCUCACCAGAACAUGCAGAGUGCAAUAAUACAAAUUGAAAAUAAAUGCAAAGACCUAGGUCUAAAAAUCAACACUGCUAAGACAAAAGCAAUGGCCAUCAAACACAGUCUAGACCCAGAUGAAAUAGAGCUCAUGGGUGAACCCAUUGAAUGGGUAGACAAUUUUGUGUACCUAGGAGUUAACAUAAACAAGCAACUCUCCCCACGCAAAGACUUGAAAAUACUCAAGCAGAAAGUCAAAUGCAGACACAAUGCCAUGAGGAGGAUCACCUCUCUACAACAGGGAGCAUAUAUCACGCCCUCAGAACCUUCUAUACAAACAAUAAGGUCAACGGUUGAGUAUGCCGCACCUGUUCUCACCAGUCUCUCAAGCACAGAGCAAAAGUGCCUUGAAGUAAUUCAAAACAAUGCCCUGAGACUCAUCACAGGUGCUCCAAUGUGGACUAACUUAUGCAUUCUGAGACAUGAAACAAAACUACAGUCUCUGACAUACAGAAUAGACCAGAAAAACACAUCCAUCCUGCUAAAAACCUUAAAAAAUGAAAGGGAACCUGUCACUAAAAAGAGAGAUCAAAAAGUGCAUUGA